GCUUUCACUUUUUUACUUUUGUUUUUUUCUCACUUCCCAAACAAACUUUUUCCCUCUUUAAAUUCCCUUGAAAACCCAAACCAAAUGUGAUGGAGAUCAAUACUCCAACUCAAACCAAGCAACAAAAUAUGAAAAAAUCCAACAGCAUGAAACGAUCAUCAUCCUCGCACUCCGACUCACGCCCUCACGUUGAGUCGACGCACUCGCCGCUCCGUUACGGCACCCCGACCUUCUCCGACCGGGGCGAUCCCGACCCUCUAGAUUCCCCUUCCUCUUUUCAGUCCGCCUCGCCCGAUGCCUCGCCUCAAAAAUCACCCAAAUAUCCCGAUGAGAAACCCAACUCCAAAGCGAUAGUUGCCGUGAGCGACAACUUAACGCAGUGUUCUCCGGUGGUACAGAAGACGGUGGAGCCACCUCAGCCUCCGCCUUCGUUGCUGAAUUUGCAAAAGGCAGUUCGGGAGAACGGGCCUCCGCCGUUAACCACUGUAGAGCCUAGAGCAGGCGUGAGAUUCGGUGCGGGAAGGGGAUUUAGGACUGUUGAGAAAUUGAGAGUGGUGAAUAUAGGUUUUAGGUUAAUCGAGGUGGUUUUGUGCUUGAUUUCUUUCUCUGUUAUGGCCGCCGACAAGACUAAGGGCUGGAGUGGCGAUUCCUAUGACCGUUACAAAGAAUACAGGUAUUGUUUAUCGAUCAAUGUUAUUGCGUUUGUAUACGCGGGAUUUCAAGCAGCCUACUAUUUGAUGAUAGGGAGCCAAGUUAAGCACAUCCAUGCUAGGUGUCUCUUUGAUUUCUUUAUGGAUCAGAUCCUAGCUUAUCUUCUGAUCUCCUCAUCAUCAGCAGCGGCCACUCGGGUUGAUGACUGGCAGUCAAAUUGGGGCAAAGAUGAGUUCACAGAGAUGGCUAGUGCAUCAGUUGCAAUGUCUUUCCUAGCUUUUAUUGCAUUUGCCUUCAGCUCCGUCGUUUCUGGUUACUAUCUAUGUAAUGGAGAUGCCAAAUGAUUUCAAAAGCAACCUUGCAUCAUAUUUGGGUCAUUUACAUUAUGCAAAAAAUGAACGUGGUAAUUCAAUUUUCAUGUUGUACAGGGACAAUUUUUCUCCACGGGUAUAUAUAUUUAUAAUGUUCUUUCAAACUUGAAAAAUAAUGUAAUAAUUUAAGUUUCAUUAUUUCCAAUAGAUAUCAAGCAUUUCUGUA